ACGCCAACCUAUUAUUCCCGUGAAAAAGGACUUCUUCCUGCAACCUCCUACCUCACCUUCACGCUCCUUAAGGGACGACUCGAUCCUUCUCCUAAAAAGAUGUCGCCGCCAUCGCUGCUGCUGCUGCUUAUCAUGCUUUGAUCUCGCUGUGCGUUGUGUUCCAUCUAAAUCGAUUGCAGUCUUGCUGCGCCGCCGUUGAAUCGUGGCCGGAGCAGGGUUCCUUUCUCAGAUCGUCUUCUUCUCGACUUCAAGAUGUGAUUUUGUGCUAAAAUGAAUCCAUCGAUUCGGCAGAGGAAUAACCACCGCAUGGAAUUAGCGUCAUCGGAACCGCAAGCGAUGCCGCUGGUUGUCACCGUCGGGUGCCGAUACCGAUUUAGGUUCCGAUCGGCAUUCGAUUCCUAUUCUGUUGCUUGCGAGGCAUUUUCUGAAAAACAGCAUCCAUCGUUUUCGAUCGAGGAGCUGUAACAGCUGUCUUCUUGUUGUGCCUUUUUUUCUUCAAUUUCGUUUUUGGCCAAAAGGUUGCGAUCUUUUUUCCUUUUUCGUUGCGGUAGCAGUGAAUUCUUAGUACAUAGAAGAUGGAGGUCGAGGAUUGCGAUUUUGAAGAGAAAGAUCCAUCGGGUCGAUAUAUUCGAGUAUGAGAUUUCGUCUGUUUCUUCGGUUAAUUAGAUGUCUGUUUGGUUGCUGAGAAAUGGGACGAAAGAAAGUAAAAUUUUGGUGAAAUUGAGUGUUAGGAUAUCUAUAACUGCUUAAUUAGUGUUUCAGAUAGUUCAUCUUUCCAUGAGUUUCCCAGCAUCCAUACAUUAUUUUUCUUUAAUGUGUUUCAUUCUGUUAUAAUUAACCCUGAUUCAUGCAUAAUUUUAGAUUAAAAAGUAUUAGAUAAUGAACAUGUCAACCCUAUUUUUUUCAUAUGUUUUAAAUUUUAGUUGAGAUGGGCACUUUGCUCUGUUGGAUUUAGCUUUACCAUAUUUGUUUUCUUUUGUUUGUUCCUCCAGUAUGAUGAAAUUCUGGGGAGGGGAGCAUUCAAAACUGUGUAUGGUUCCUAGACCUAUCUUCUU